AUGUCGUACCAAAUCGCCUACGACACAACCCUAGCGCCUCCCCGCGCGGCAGCCAUCGUCUCCUUCAUGGAGGACUUCUACCGGACGAGCGACACGGAGUCCCUACACGAUAAAUACGUGGCUAGCUUUACAGACGAUGCGACGCUGAUUAUGGGGUCGAAGGAGGCCAAGGGAAAGAAUGAAAUCCUCCCUCUCCGCCACGGCCUCUGGACACACGUCGCCUCGCGCCACCACACCGCCGUACGCAUUUUCUUCGGCGGACCGAAUGAGAUCAUGCUUUAUGGCGGGGUGAAGUAUACGCUCAAGGCGGAUGCAUCGAAGGAGGUAUAUGUCCCCUGGGCUGGAAGGGUGGUGUUUGCCCCCGAGAAGGAAGGGGAAGGUGUGAAGAUGAAAUUUUACCAGGUUUACUUGGUUCGUAUUCCCUCCUGA